AUGCCUUCCACCACUCAGCUCCUCUCCGCUCUCGCCGUUACGGCUGCCGCCGGCGUUCAAGCGGCCAUGGGCCCGGCCUUCAGCACCGGCCCCGUCGCCUCCGACUCCUUCAUCCGCGAGGCCACCUCGACCCUCGUCCUGCCCGCCGCCCCGGCCAACAACAAGGGCAGCGCCUCCCUCUGGGUAGGCAUGGGCACCUCCAACGGUGACCUGAUCCAGUCCAUCGCCGACAACUCCAACUACGACAACACCGGCACCGACAAGUGGUCCAUCUUCGCCUACACCCUUCUCAAGACCGGAGACAACUCCCAGAUGCCCGUCCAGACCGAUGGCACCGACGCCUCCGAAGGUGACAAGAUCACCAUGCAUUACAAGUUCGACGAUGCUUCUCAGAACUACACUCAGACCGUCUCCAUCAACGACAAGGUCGUUUCCACCCUGUCCACCAAGGACGGCGAGGCCCAGGGCUGGGGUAGCGCCGUCGAGUGCGCCGCCGAGGACUGCGGCACCGUUGGCGCUCACUCCUGGAUCAACACCAAGAUCAUUCUUGACAAGGAGGACCCCAACUACAUCCGCACUCUCGGCAAGGGCCAGGGCGUCACGGGCGACAUGUCCACCAGCGACGGCGGCAAGACCUGGACCGUUAGCACCAUCGAGAUCCCCGAAUACACCUUUGGCCAGUAA